GUUGAACUCAUCCUCUCAUCUCUUGGCUAGACUGAACGUGAAACUAGCUGGAUAGAAAGUUAAAUGUCUAACCGAUUGUAGAUGUUUGACUGCAAACGUCUUUGUUUCUCCAGAAACUGAAUCAAGGUUUUAGAGAAAUUCGAUUUAGUUAAGGCUGUUUCUCUGAAUCUUUGAAUGGAGAAAUUGGUUACUGUAUAACAUUUUUUUACCCAACGUAUAAUGGAAAGCGGCCGGAACAGCGUUAAUAUGGCUGAUAGUGCUAGUGAAAGUGAUUGCAGCGUGGAUGGCGGACCUCAUAUGAUGCCUCCAUCGCCAGUUUCGAGAGAACAACUCCACAAACGUAUUGAAAGUUUACAACAGCAGAAUAAAGUUCUCAAAGUUGAGUUGGAUACGUAUAAACUAAGAGUCAAACAGUUACAAGAAGAGAAUCGGUCACUAAGACAAGCUUCAGUCAACAUUCAAGCCAGAGCAGAACAAGAAGAAGAAUUUAUCAGUAACACACUAUUGAAGAAAAUACAGGCACUCAAAAAGGAAAAGGAAACUUUGGCAUUGAAUUAUGAACAGGAAGAAGAGUGCCUUACAAAUGAUUUGUCACGGAAACUUAACCAGCUGAGACAGGAGAAGGUUCAACUUGAACAAACACUUGAACAAGAACAGGAAUGUUUAGUUAAUAAGUUGAUGCGAAAGAUUGAGAAAUUAGAAGCUGAAACUCAUACAAAGCAAAAUAAUUUGGAGCAGUUAAGAAGAGAAAAAGUUGAACUUGAAAACACUCUUGAGCAGGAGCAAGAAGCACUUGUAAAUAAAUUGUGGAAACGAAUGGAUAAACUAGAAACCGAAAAAAGGAAUCUACAAAUCAAGCUUGAUCAACCGGUAUCUGCUCCUGCUUCCCCUCGGGAUGCGAACAACGGUGAAGGUGCCCCGGCAAAUUCAACACCUGAGCAGCUAACUUCCCACAUACAGUGGUUGCGUAAUGAAGUUGCCCGUUUGAAACAUCAGCUUACCUUGUCACUUCAAGAGCAAGAGGAAAAAAUGGCUCAUUAUGUCCAGGAAGAAAAACAUAUACGAGACGAAAAUCUACGUCUUCAACGUCGGCUUCAGAUGGAAAUGGAGCGACGUGAAGCUCUUUGUCGACAUUUGUCGGAAUCAGAGUCUAGUUUGGAAAUGGAAGAAGAACGUCAUUAUAAUGAACUAACCGGAUACGGACACGUGGGUUCUUUAGGGGUUUCGGUAACACCUGUUAACCGUUCGCGUACAACUUCAAGCCCAGUUCCAACCAAUCGACCCCUAAGCCCUAGUUUGUUGACCUACAACAGGGACGGUUUGGUGGGUGUGCCGACUGCACCGUCAUCGAUAAUGAACACUGGGCGAGAUCCGUUUAGUCCGCCCAGCCCAAUGGGCAGAUGCCCAACUUGCGCUCAUGCAAUCAGUGCUCCGUCGUCAUCUCCACCCCAUGCGGGUUUGUCCACUGGUAUCCCACGCUCGCUUAUCCGGAUAUCACAAGAGAGAUUUGUCAAGCCAGCCGUUCCACCACAGACCGUAUCUUCACAAAAUCCUACUUCGCCAGCUGCUUCAGUCUCUCAUCCUCGUAGUAGCUCUGGCACGUCUUCUCCUAUGGAUACAUCAUCUGGGCGCAUAUAAUAACUCAGUACGUUUUGGAUACUUCCGAUCCAUUUACCAGUUUACAUCAUCAAAUUGGCACAUUGUACGAAGAAUUAAAACUUACUCUUCAAUUCCAAAACUAUCCCUUCAGUCAUACACCUUUUUGGUGAAGCAGUUAAGGUUUUUCUACGUUUUUUUUCCUCGGUCUUUCUGUAUUUCUGCUUAUUUCCAAGUGUGGCUUUCGAGUUUCUAUUCUGGAGUUAUUUUGGAUUUUGCAGAUUUACUAAGUGCAACCUUUUGAGCAUCUUGAAGUUCGGGUGUUUCAAUUUCUCUCAAUAUUCUUGGAAUUAUGCUUAUGCUUAUUACGUCUUUUCUCGUGAAUCAAUACGAAAAUAUUGUAACGGGUC